AUGUUUCGCAAUUUUUCCAGCCAACUGGCCGCUGCGGCCGUGGGAAACAACAAGAAUAGCGAUGGAGACAAAAAGACGAUGUCUCCGACCCUCCGGUCCGAUAUAUACACAGCCGUUGAUCAGGCGAGUUCGUGGCUGGCUGGUGGGAAGGGAGGAGGAAGCUUGCCUGGGGAUGGGAUGUCAUACGGGGCUGUACUAGCUACGAUCCAGAAGCACUUCCCUGACACGAAGAUUGGAAUCGAUUCGCUUGGGAACACGGAGAGUGAGGUCGCCAUUGUCGUCGGAGGCGUCACGAGCAUGGUUCUCGAGAUGAGCAGAUGGGAGGGCAUGGCAGGAGGAAUGGCGAUGAAGACUUGGGUAGACGCGCUCGGGGGCGCCUAUGCUAGGAUUGGAGACGAUGAUGGAUCGCUGAGGAAGGCCACGAUCGCCAAGGGGAUCACUAGAGGGAUUAACCAAAACGCAGAUGUGUCGCUGAUGACCAAGGAGUUUACGGCAAAGAUUCAGAUCAUAACUUGUUUGAAAUCUCUCAUUACCAGGGUUUAUGGGGUGGGAAGCGAGGAAGCGCGUCGGGCAGAGGCAUCAUUGAGCUCCAAGUUCAUCUAA